CUCCACUUCCUCAUCAUACAGAUCCCGUUCGUGUAAGGUGACAUGGAAGAAGCAUUUUAACGUUCCAUCCAUCGUAAAUGCUACGUUAGAACAUGUGUUAGCUCAUCCUACUGUUUUGGCCAAAAGACAACCACCUCUCCAACUGCACUCCCUUCCUGCUUUCGCCUUUCUUCCUUCUACAAGAAAGAGAUCUACAAAUAUUUAGUAAGAGAGACUUCGAAAUGGAAACAUAUUCAGACCAACGGUUAUCGGUUGUAGUGGUUGGCAUGGGCCAGAUGGGUCACAGCCAUGCCCUGGCGUACCACCGUAACCCAGGUUUUCAGAUUAUUGGUCUCUAUAAUCGCAGUCCGGUCAAGAACCUACCGGAUGAGCUCAAGGACUAUCCUUUCUUAUCGAGCUUCGAGGAGGCUCUCGCACUCAAGCCAAAUGUUGUAUCGAUCAACACGCACACGGCAACGCAUGCUGAUUACGCCGUGGCAGCGAUGGAGUCCGGGGCCCAUGUUUUUGUAGAAAAGCCUCUAGCAACAACAGUCGAAGAUGCAGAACGUGUGGUGACCACAGCCCAGCAAACCAAUCGCAAACUCGUCAUCGGCUAUAUCCUCCGGCAUCACCCCAGCUGGAUCGAAUUCAUCCACCGCGCUCGACAGCUCGGCCCACCGUUUGUCAUGCGGAUGAACCUGAAUCAGCGCUCUAGUGGCGACGCGUGGGCUAUUCAUCAACGUCUCCUCGAGGAUGUGAAAAAUCCGAUCGUGGACUGUGGCGUGCAUUAUGUGGAUGUGAUGUUGCAAAUUGCUGGCAGCAAGCCGGUCCAAGUACGUGGCAUGGGCCUUCGUCUCUGUGAUGAUCUUCCGUCAGCUGAACAGGUCAACUAUGGCCAUCUUCAAGUGCUGUUUGCCAAUGGAUCGGUUGGGUGGUAUGAAGCCGGAUGGGGUCCAAUGAUAUCGGAGACAGCGUACUUCGUGAAAGAUGUGAUGGGCCCACGGGGCUCAGUCUCAAUUGUGAUGGAUGAGGCAGAUAGCGGCGAUAGUGCUGGGGCCUCGGCCAAUAUAAACAGCCACACAAAGACAUCGACUCUACGCAUGAGUACUGUGGUUGACGGGCGCGCUCGAGAUCAGAUCCUAUCGAUGGAGGGUGAGCCGGACCAUUACGAGCUAUGUUCCCGGGAGCAACAGUUUCUGCUGGAUGCCAUUCGUGAGGAUCGAGAUCUCACACAACAUAUGAAUGAUGCCAUUCAAUCCUUAUCAAUUGUGCUCGCAGCAGAUCGCUCAAUGCGGGAAAACUGUGCAAUUGACCUUCUCUAGGAAAUACUUUUGACAUCUUUUAUCAAUAUUGCAGUAGAUGAAUUAAAAAAAAAAAGCCACCAAAUCUCUCUCAUUACGUGGUUAGUCUCGUUAUUAUAUUAGGUGCCUGUACCUACUAUGGGUGAUACUCAACUAUAUGCAGAUUAUACGCUGGACUUCAACGUUAUUCUAUUACAACCGAGCAUUGUCCAAAUCUAUUAAUCUAAUCUAGUUUAGUCUAUAACUCUCCAGUCUUUUGAUCUUCCAGGGGAUAGCCCCUUGAUGUAUGUACUUUUACGGAUUGAUAAGCAUUAGCGUCAGACCUUCUCGUCGUCCGUCCCCUUCUUCCCAUCCCCACCGUGACCCUGUCUGCCAAUUUUUAGAAAGGCACACAGUGGAAUGCCGAGGGAGGCAAUGCCUGCGCAGUACAGGAAUGUCGCACUAUACGGCUCGAUCGGGUCAUUUUUGAAAUACCCGGUUGUGGUCGUCCCUCUCGCU